AAAGGAAGGUUUUCAGCAAAAAAAUGUAACUAACAUGUCAUUCAGGUGAAGCAUUUGAGUAUGAGGAGAAACUUUUUUAAAGUUUUUAGAUGUUUUUUUUGAAUAAUUUACCGUUUGGAAAUUGGAGUUGACGUAGAUAUUUCUGAAGUUUGUAACAAGAAUGGGAUCAGUUGUUGGCAAAAUGAAGAAGAAAAGUUCACCACAGUCUUCUGAACAAUCACAGCCUUCAGUUCCAGAUCAGCCAGCAUCUGAGAUUGAACCACCCUGUGACUCUGUUGAUAUAUGUGAAGAGGUAGAUGAAGUUAGAAAUGUUGAUGAUGAUGAAGUGGAAGAGGAAGAAGAGGAUGAUGAUGAAGAAGAAGAAGUAGAAGUAGAUGAUGAAGAAAAAGAGGAGGAGGAGAAGGAGGAGGAGGAGAAAGAACAACCUGAAGAUGAAGGUUAUGAAGAAAAUUCUGUGAAUCAAGACUGGAAUGACAUAAAUGAAAGUGAUAACAGUGAUGAUGAAGAAGUGAAAGAGAAUAUUUCACCUAACGAGUUCGUUAAGCACAUGCUAAACGGUGAUAUCAAUCUUGAACUGCCACCACUGGUUCGCAUUGUGCGAAUAUUUACAAGUUCAACAUUCACUGAUACUUUCCACGAACGAAAUUCUUUGAUGGUUAAUGUUUACCCCAAACUUAAAGAAUAUUGUCAGUCGCAGGGUUAUGAUUUCCAAGUGGUCGAUAUGAGAUGGGGAGUUCGAGAUGAAGCCACUGCUGAUCACAUGACAUCGGAGUUGUGUAUGAGAGAACUUAAAGCUUGUCAAAAAUUAUCUACUGGUCCAAAUUUCAUAACAUUACUUGGGCAAAAGUAUGGAUAUAGACCAUUUCCUCCAAAGAUACCUGCAAACGAACUUGAUUCCAUGUUGGAAGUGAUAUCAAAUGAAGCAGAUAUCGAAUUGAUAAAGAAAUGGUUUUAUUUGGAUAGCAAUACCAUUCCUUUAACUUACGUGCUGCAGCCAAUCAACGAUCUUCUUCCAAAUUACAAUAACCAAACAGCAUCCAAGGAAGAGCGUUCACAGGCCUCCUCUGAUUGGUGGGCAGCAUUUGAAAGGAUGCAAGCUGUAUUCCGGCAAGCUGCAACGAAAGCUUUAAAGGGAGAUAAAAAUUCAAUGUGGAAAUAUUUUAUGUCUGUAACCGAAGACGAAAUCAACCGUGGAAUUUUGAAAGCCAAAGAACCUCUCAAACAUUGCUAUUGGUUUAAACGCAAUAUUAACGACAUCCACGAUCACAUAAGUGAGCAUAACACGCGAAAUUUUAUCGAUAAGAUUGGUCCAGACCUAGAUACACAAGCAAAUGACUUAUUAGAAUCGCUAAAGAGUGAGAAGAUUCCGAAAGUGUUAACUUCUGAUAAGAUAUCAGUGUACGAUGUUAACUGGCACUCUGAGGUUGGUAUCGAUCCAAUGCAGAAACAACAUGAUGAUUACUUGAAGUUACUUUGCAAGGAUUUCCAACAGAUUUUAGUGAAAAUGAUUGAUGAUGGGAUUAAGGAAAGAGAAGCUUUUGAUAUUGACGAUAAUUUGAUCAAAGAAAUUUGUCAGCAGGCUGCCACAUGUCAAGAAAAAAGUAGAGUGUUCCAUGGUCGAGAGGAAGUGUUAGAGAAAAUUGAAUCUUAUCUUUCCUCGACUUCAGAGAAUAACAAACCUUUGAUUGUUUACGGUCCGUCAGGCUGUGGUAAAACAUCUAUUAUGGCUAAAGCUGGUUUGCUAGCCAAACAAAAUCAUGAAGAUAGAAUCCAAAUAACCAGAUUUUUAGGAACCACUUCCGAUUCGUCAACGUUAGCGAAGUUAUUGCACAGCAUUUGUUGUCAGUUGAAAAGAGCUACUGGUGAAUCAGCAGCUUUUGUUCCUGCUAACUCAAAGAAGUUAAUCGAGUAUUUAGGUAACCUAAUAGAAGAACUCAAAGAAUCAGAAACUGAAGUGGUCAUGUUUAUCGACUCGAUUGACCAGCUGUCUCCUGAUGAUGGUGCAUAUCUUAUGAAGUGGUUGCCAAAAGAGUUGCCAUCUUGUGUGAAGAUCGUCAUAUCAACGCUACCAGAUGAAAAAUAUCAAAUUUUGUUUAACUUAAAGCAUCUUCUACCAGUAACGUCAUUUCUUGAAGUUCCAAAACUUCCUGUCACGACUGCUAAUGAUAUAUUAUUUGCAUGGUUAAGUGAUGCUUCGAAAAAAUUGACUGAAGCACAAACGAAGAUAGUUAUGGAUGCUUUUUUGAAGUGUCCACUGCCAUUAUUUCUCAAGUUAUGUUUCGACAAAGCUGUUAAUUGGAAGUCUUACACCAAACCUGAAGAAACUGCGCUAGACUCGAACAUAAAAGACGCUAUUAACUCGUUGUUUGCUCGACUUGAAAGAUUACAUGGCAAGGCAUUGGUAAGCCAUGCUUUAGGCUUGAUCACUACAUCAAAGCAUGGUUUAACUGACGCUGAAAUCGAUGAACUUCUUUCGAUCGAUGAUGACGUAUUAAAUGAUGUUUAUCAAUACUGGACUCCACCUGUACGUAGGAUUCCGCCAUUACUGUGGGUGCGGGUUAAAUCAGAUUUGGGUUCUUAUAUUGUAUCCAGAGGUGCUAAUGGAAGUCUGGUGAACAUGUGGUAUCAUCGACAGUUUAUUGAAACAGCUACGGAAAGAUAUUUACAUCCAAAGGAACAGCUGUCUUAUCAUGUACUGCUUAGUGAAUACUUUCGUGGAGUUUGGAGCAAUGGAAAGAAGAAAUCGUUUACUAGCAAAAGUGGCGAUACUGGUGAAAGUGAUCGACUUGUUGCUGCGCAACCGAAUUCUUUUCAAGUUAAUCCAGAUGGCAGCGAGGGUGUUUAUAAUUACCGAAAGUUGAGUGAAUUGCCACGACAUUUGAUUGCAUCGAAAAAUAUAAAGUCUCUAAAAGAUGAGGUGUUGUUUAACUUUGAUUUCUUGUGGAAAAAGUUAAAAGCGUUUGGUUAUCAGUAUGUCCUUGAAGAUUGCGCUGAAGCGACACAACAGUUCCCCGACAACAGAGAAAUUAAACUCAUUGAAGAAUUUUUUAAAAUUUCUGGAAAAACACUGAUGGCAGAUCCUAAUCAGUUGGCUGGGCAGUUGGUUGGAAGAGCUAGCAAUACUUCGUCAGAAAAUUUUGUUAGUUUGUUGAAACAAGCAAAAAUGUCGAACUCGCCUUGUUUGUAUCCAUCGCAACGUUGUUAUGAUGAACUGGGUGGGCCUAUCAUACAUAGUUUGGCUGGACACGAACAAGCAGUGAAUUACGCAGUGGUUACAGCCGACAAAAAACGCUUGAUUUCAGCAAGUGGUGAUUCAACUGUCAGGAUUUGGGAUCUAUCCAGUGGUCGUCAGCUUCGUUGCAUCGACUGUGAAGACACUGUCAGCAUGAUAUUUCCAUUUCAAAAUGACACCUGCGCCAUUUUUACAUCUUAUAGCAAGGUAAUAUCUCAAAAUCUGCAGACGGAAGAGAUAUAUUACAAUGAAUAUCAUGUUGGUAGCUAUGGUGAAAGUGCAGGUAUGACGAAAGAUGGUGAACAUUUUGUUAUGUUGAAUGAAGAAGGUGUUGCUGUGUUCGAUUGUAAAGAUAAAGUUAUUGCUUUAAAACACAAGAUAGAAGACAAGCCAACAGAAUCAAAGGACCCUUUGGUUGACAUUAUCAUGGCUGGUACGGACCAGUUCGUGUACUCAAGGAAAGUGAAAGAUCGAUUCUUUGUUGGGAAAAUCGCAGAUCACAAAUAUAAAAAGAAAAUCAAAAGCCCAAGCUCUAUAGUGUUCUUUACAUUCUCUGAAGACAGAAGCAAGUUCGUCUUAUUAAAUUCGCCCUCGAGUGUAAAUGAAACGUAUAAAACGGUAUGGUUGCAUAUCUAUGAUCCUGUUACAUGGAACAUAGUAAAAAAGCUUGAAGGCAUGGACUCACACACGAUAUUAUAUGUUACAAAUGUGUCUAUGAGCGGUGAUGAGUUAAUAUGGCCAACUAUGCUUCAGAUUAACUUUUGGAACGUUCAAACAGGUCGUGAAAGGCAUGCUAUGAAAAGUGGUUAUCAAGGCAAUCAAUAUAAGCAAGCCAUCAGUGGUCAACAGGACACUCUUAUUGUCGUCUCGAUGGACCAAAAUAAUACGGCCAUGCUAGUAUAUGAUACCAAUUUAAUCGAGUUUAAUGAAAUAACUGCGGAAAAUAUAAACAAAACAGAUAUUGAGAAGGCUAAAGAUUACGUUGGAAAAGGUGAGCGGGAAAUGUUCGUCCACCCAACAGAGUUGAACAUGGCUGUUUCGAUACCUCCCAUGGACCCCAUAUUCACUUUUUAUGACACUACCACGUACAACAAAACGAGAAAAAUAACGACGCAGGGCUUGUUCCCUACAUUUCUUUAUCUCGUUGAUGACAAACACAUGCUUAUCUGGGAACAUAAUAAAAAAUCUGUAAUAACAAUCGAUUUUGUUGAAGGUCGAGUCGUCGGUGCAACGACUUUGCCGUUAGGCGACUACCCGCCAUCUUUUUAUAAUAAUACUUGGGUAUUGUUAAGACAAACAAAUGAGUUACUGAUGUUUGACGAAAGUAGAAAGAAGUUUCAAAUCUUUGAUUGGAAAACAGGUGUGUAUAAAGAAGACCUUAAAACAGGGUGGAAAAACCAAGCCCAGCACAUUUUAGCAAGUAAAGAUGGUACCAUUAUUUUGUGUGGCGAGUAUAACGACAACUAUAAGAAGUCAGUCCCGUUAAUGAUAUUUGACACUGUACAACGAAAGAAAGUGGGCGAGAUUCGACAAGAAGGUCGAAUGGAUUUAAGACCUGAAGUUGCUGUGCUUUCAGAAGAUGGGAAAUAUUUUAUUUGCGUCAGUGCGGAUAUGUCUGUUGUUAAUGUAUAUAAAGUCCCAGAUGGUACUUUGUUGACCAAGCUGGAAUACAAAAUAGGUGAUGAUAUGCGUGGAAGUUGUUAUUCUCUUACCAUCUCAGUCAAGAUGGCAUGUGUAAUAGUAAAUUAUAUGGCUCCACUUCAAGUACCAGGAAGCUCAAACUACGAGAAUCAGAACCUGCUGGUUGCCUAUGGCUUGGAGACCUGGGAAAAAUUAGCAGAAACGAGGGCUAGUGGAAUGACUAGCAGAUUCGAUCUCUCUGCAGAUGGAACUAGAAUGAUGACAGACGUACGAGGUGGAGGGAAUGAUAGAAAAACAAUAACUUUAUAUGAUUUGUCGAAGUUACAUAGUGAUCGAGUCAUAACCACAGUUGCUUCUCUUUUGCCGGAAACCGACACACGAUUUUGUUACGUGACACAAGAUGGACAAUCUGUAGGUGUUGGCUUAGCUGGGAUGGACGGCGUGGUGUUUUUUAGACCUUGUGGUCUACCUGAAGCUGUCUCGUCAACAUCAGAAUAUACGGAGGUAGUUAUUGAAUAUGACCAUGAAAAAAAACAAGAAAAAAUAAGUGGAAUUUGAUUGUAUAAUUUUUGUAACCUGGCCACCUAUAAAAUCGCUCUAGAUUAGUACCAUGUAAAUAUAAUGAACUUUUUUAAAAUCUCAGAAGUUAUAGCCUUA